UAAAUCAUAUUGGGGAUUUUGCCCCCACAAAGUCUCCACCUUCAUCAAUGCUUCAACCAACCACACUCUGCAAUAAUCUCACAACACAAACCCCAUUAUUAACCCUUAAAAUCACUCCACAUUCUCGCUCUGUCAACACAUGCUGAAGAAAGAGAAAAUGGCGAAGAAGAAGAAUAAAGUCUCCGCCUUUAAGCUUCUGGGUUUCGUUCUGUUUCUGGGUUUCGUUCACAAUGGCGAAGCCUCAUUCGUCGACGGCGGCGGCGGCAUUGGAGUCGGAAUCAGCGGCGGAGCUGACGGAGCUGUAUGGAUCGGCGGUGGAUACCCUAAUGGGGUUCCGGAUUCAGCUCCGAAGCAGCAGAACAGUGCGUAUGAUGCUCUGCAGAUAUGGAAAUCCGCCAUUAAAGAAGAUCCUUCUGGUGUUCUUAAGACAUGGGUCGGACCAGAUGUCUGUUCUUACAGAGGGGUUUUUUGUUCUGGUUUGAGUGUGACCGCCAUAGAUCUCAACCGUGCUAAUCUCAGGGGCACCAUUGUCAAAGAGCUCGCUCUUCUCUCAGACCUCACCAUUCUCCACCUCAACAGCAACAGAUUCUCUGGACAACUCCCAGAUUCCUUCAGAACCCUAGAUUCUCUCCAGGAACUCGACCUCAGCAACAACAGAUUCUCCGGUCCUUUUCCAUUUGUCACAAUCUAUCUCCCCAAUCUCGUUUACCUCGACCUCCGGUUCAACAAUUUCACUGGACCGGUCCCCGAAGAUCUCUUCAACAAGCGGUUAGACGCGAUUUUCCUCAACAAUAACCUGUUCGACGGCGAAAUCCCCCAGAAUCUGGGAAAUUCUCCGGCUUCGGUUAUCAAUCUCGCUAAUAACAGAUUCUCCGGCGGUAUUCCGGCGAGUUUUGGCCUAACCGGCUCGACACUGAAGGAGAUUCUCCUCUUGAACAACCAGUUAACCGGUUGCGUACCGGAAUCUGUCGGUUUGUUUGGUGAAAUUGAGGUUUUCGACGUCAGCUACAAUUCCUUGAUGGGUCAUGUCCCCGACACGAUCUCGUGCUUGUCCGAAAUCGAGGUUCUGAACCUCGCCCACAACAAAUUCUCCGGCGAACUACCAGAUCUGGUCUGCUCGUUGAGGAAUCUGAUGAAUCUGACGGUCUCCUUCAAUUUCUUUUCUGGGUUUAGCUCAGACUGUACGAAGCUGUUCUUCAGGGACGUCGGAUUCGAUUUCGCCGGAAACUGUAUUCCCGGCGGAGAUAUGCAGCGGCCGCCGCCUGACUGCUCAGCGAUUCCCGGCGGAUCGUUGAGUUGCCUGAGGAUCCCGGCGCAGCAAUUGUUGUGCGGUUCGAUAAGCGUGGGACUGAAGGAGGGAAACAGCAACUACACUUCGUCGCCAUGAGAGGGUAAAGGUCGAAGCUUUUUCUCUUCAAGAUCCUUUUGCGAUCCAAAUUUAUCGGUUAAUUAAUUAAUCAAUUAGUCGAAUUAAAUAUUGAACGCUCAGCUUAUUCAUGAUUCAAAUGUAAUGUGAUCGAAUCUUGCUAAUUAUUUUUUGACCAUGGAAGAACAUCUUGUUGGAUAUGAUUAGUAUUGAGAUUUUUUUA